CUCUUCUCUGUUUUACUUUUCCAAUCGUGCCCUCUUCAACCCUUGCAAAGGGCUGGGAAGGAAGAAUACUAUCUUCGUCUAGCUCUUUACUCCAAAAAAAACCCUACCGAGGGGUUUUCAUUGGAAGAGGCGUUCUUGAUCGCUGCAAUCAUGGCUGCAGCGAGUGCUCCGAUCACGAUGAAGGAAGCUCUAACGCUGACAAGCUUGGGGAUCAACCCCCAGUUUGUUACCUUUACUCAUGUGACCAUGGAAUCUGACAAGUACAUAUGCGUGCGAGAAACUUCUCCGCAGAAUAGCAUCGUCAUUGUGGAUAUGAAUAUGCCUAUGCAGCCAUUGAGGAGGCCCAUCACUGCAGAUUCUGCUUUGAUGAACCCCAAUAGCAGAAUCUUGGCAUUAAAAGCUCAACUCGCGCAAACUACUCAGGACCAUCUGCAAAUAUUCAAUAUUGAGAUGAAGGCCAAAGUGAAAUCUUAUCAGAUGCCUGAGCAGGUUGUGUUUUGGAAGUGGAUCACUCCAAAAUUGUUGGGAUUAGUUACACAAACCUCGGUAUAUCAUUGGUCCAUAGAAGGUGACACUGAGCCCGUGAAAAUGUUUGAGCGAACGGCAAAUCUGUUGAACAAUCAAAUCAUCAAUUACCGCUGUGAUCCUUCUGAGAAAUGGCUUGUUUUGAUUGGCAUUGCUCCUGGUGCACCUGAGCGGCCACAACUUGUUAAGGGGAACAUGCAACUGUUUUCCGUAGACCAGCAACGUAGUCAAGCUUUAGAAGCACAUGCUGCUGCCUUUGCAACGUUUAAAGUUGCUGGAAAUGAGAAUCCUUCUACUCUUAUUUGCUUUGCAUCAAAGACCAUGAAUGCCGGUCAAAUUAUUUCGAAGUUGCAUGUCAUCGAGCUCGGUGCUCAGCCAGGGAAGCCAGGCUUUACAAAGAAGCAAGCAGAUCUCUUCUUCCCACCAGAUUUUGCGGAUGACUUUCCGGUGUCAAUGCAGAUAUCACACAAGUACAGUCUGAUAUAUGCAAUUACAAAGCUUGGACUUCUAUUUGUUUAUGAUCUUGAGACUGCUGCUGCAGUUUACCGUAACCGAAUUAGUCCAGAUCCCAUAUUUUUGACCUCAGAAGCAUCAUCAGUGGGGGGUUUCUAUGCCAUCAAUAGGCGGGGGCAAGUUUUGCUUGCUACUGUCAAUGAAGCAGCAAUUGUUCCUUUUGUCAGUGGUCAGCUAAACAAUUUGGAACUUGCUGUAAACCUUGCAAAGAGAGGAAAUCUUCCAGGAGCUGAAAAUUUGGUUGUUCAGCGAUUCCAAGAAUUAUUUUCUCAAACGAAGUAUAAGGAGGCUGCCGAACUUGCCGCUGAAUCUCCACAGGGAAUUCUUCGCACACCUGAUACUGUAGCAAAAUUUCAGAGUGUUCCUGUGCAAGCUGGACAAACGCCGCCACUACUGCAGUACUUUGGGACAUUGCUUACAAAGGGGAAGCUCAAUGCAUUUGAAUCUCUUGAGUUAUCCCGUUUGGUUGUGAACCAGAAUAAAAAGAAUCUUCUGGAGAAUUGGCUUGCUGAGGAUAAACUUGAAUGCAGUGAGGAGCUGGGUGAUCUUGUCAAGACGGUUGACAAUGAUCUUGCACUAAAAAUAUACAUAAAAGCGAGGGCCACCCCAAAAGUUGUCGCCGCUUUUGCUGAGCGAAGGGAAUUUGAUAAAAUACUUAUUUACUCCAAACAGGUUGGGUAUACACCUGAUUAUCUAUUCCUUCUGCAAACGAUUUUGAGAUCUGAUCCUCAGGGUGCUGUUAAUUUUGCUCUUAUGAUGUCUCAAAUGGAGGGAGGUUGUCCUGUGGAUUACAACACGAUUACAGAUCUUUUCCUUCAGAGAAACCUGAUUCGGGAAGCAACUGCAUUUUUAUUAGACGUUUUGAAGCCAAACUUGCCAGAACACGGGUUCCUUCAGACGAAGGUUUUGGAGAUCAAUCUAGUCACCUUUCCAAAUGUUGCUGAUGCCAUCUUAGCAAAUGGGAUGUUCAGCCACUAUGAUCGUCCUAGGAUUGCUCAACUUUGUGAGAAGGCGGGCCUUUUUAUGCGUGCUCUUCAGCACUACACUGAGCUACCGGAUAUAAAGCGUGUAAUUGUGAACACUCAUGCUAUUGAGCCGCAGUCACUUGUAGAAUUCUUUGGAACCCUUUCGAGAGAGUGGGCAUUGGAAUGCAUGAAAGAUCUUCUAUUGGUUAACCUGAGGGGAAAUCUUCAGAUAAUUGUUCAGGCUGCAAAAGAAUAUUCAGACCAGUUGGGUGUGGAUGCAUGCAUUAAACUCUUUGAGCAGUUUAAGUCUUAUGAAGGUCUCUACUUUUUCUUGGGUUCAUAUUUGAGCUCCAGCGAGGAUCCUGAUAUACAUUUCAAAUACAUAGAGGCAGCUGCUAAAACUGGCCAAAUAAAAGAGGUCGAGCGUGUAACAAGAGAGUCAAAUUUCUAUGACCCUGAGAAGACGAAGAAUUUUUUGAUGGAAGCCAAGCUUCCGGAUGCACGCCCCCUGAUCAAUGUUUGUGAUCGUUUUGGAUUUGUACCAGAUCUGACCCACUAUUUGUACUCAAACAAUAUGUUGCGGUAUAUUGAAGGGUAUGUCCAGAAGGUUAAUCCAGGUAAUGCUCCUUUAGUGGUGGGGCAGCUUCUAGAUGAUGAAUGUCCUGAAGAUUUCAUUAAAGGCCUUAUUCUUUCUGUCCGCUCUCUUCUUCCUGUUGAGCCCUUGGUUGAGGAGUGUGAGAAGAGGAAUCGUCUGCGAUUGCUCACGCAAUUCUUAGAACAUCUAGUGAGUGAAGGAAGCCAAGAUGUUCAUGUGCACAAUGCUCUUGGCAAAAUCAUUAUUGACAGCAACAACAACCCUGAACAUUUUCUUACCACCAAUCCUUACUAUGAUUCACGUGUUGUUGGUAAAUACUGUGAGAAGAGGGAUCCCACUCUCGCAGUCGUUGCUUACCGGAGAGGCCAAUGUGAUGACGAACUUAUCAAUGUCACCAACAAAAAUUCUCUAUUCAAACUUCAGGCUAGAUAUGUUGUGGAGAGAAUGGAUUCGGAUUUGUGGGAAAACGUUCUAAAGCCUGAGAAUGAAUAUCGACGGCAGCUUAUUGAUCAAGUUGUGUCAACAGCUUUACCUGAAAGCAAGAGCCCAGAGCAAGUUUCUGCGACUGUAAAAGCUUUUAUGACUGCCGAUCUUCCACAUGAGCUAAUUGAGCUUCUUGAGAAGAUUGUACUCCAAAAUUCUGCAUUUAGUGGCAACUCUAACCUGCAGAACUUGCUGAUCCUUACUGCUAUUAGAGCGGACAAGUCAAGGGUCAUGGACUAUGUCAACAGACUCGACAAUUUUGAUGGGCCUGCAGUUGGUGAGAUUGCUGUUGAGGGUGAACUGUAUGAAGAGGCAUUUGCCAUAUUCAAAAAGUUCAACUUGAAUGUGCAGGCAGUCAAUGUGCUGUUGGAUAAUAUCCAAAGCAUUGAGCGUGCCGUUGAGUUUGCGUUUCGAGUUGAAGAGGAUGCUGUAUGGAGCCAGGUGGCCAAAGCCCAACUCAGGGAGGGACUUGUUAGUGAUGCAAUAGAGUCAUUUAUCCGUGCAGAUGAUGUCACUCAGUUCCUAGAUGUAAUCAGGGCUGCCGAGGAUGCAAAUGUAUACCAUGACUUAGUCAGGUACCUGAUUAUGGUUAGGCAAAAGACGAAAGAGCCCAAGGUUGACAGUGAGCUUAUCUAUGCAUAUGCCAAGAUUGAUAGGCUUGCUGAAAUUGAAGAUUUUAUUCUCACACCUAAUGUGGCAAAUCUCCAAACUGUUGGUGAUCGCCUAUAUGAUGAAGCCCUUUAUGAAGCUGCAAAGAUCAUAUUUACAUUUAUUUCAAACUGGGCAAAACUUGCUAGUACUCUUGUUAAAUUGAGACAGUUCCAAGGUGCAGUUGAUGCGGCUCGCAAGGCCAACAGCUCAAAAACAUGGAAGGAAGUCUGCUUUGCUUGUGUUGAUGCAGAGGAGUUCCGUUUGGCUCAGAUUUGUGGUCUGAACAUCAUUGUACAGGUGGAUGACCUGGAAGAAGUAAGUGAUUAUUAUCAAAACAGAGGAUGCUUUGAUGAACUGAUCUCCCUCAUGGAGAGUGGUCUGGGACUCGAACGGGCACACAUGGGUAUCUUUACAGAGUUGGGGAUCUUGUAUGCAAGAUAUCGUCCGGAGAAGCUUAUGGAACACAUCAGGUUAUUUUCAACACGCCUCAACAUUCCAAAGCUCAUCCGUGUCUGCGAUGAACAGCAGCAUUGGUUGGAGCUCACUUACCUAUACAUUCAAUAUGAUGAGUUCGAUAAUGCUGCUACAACGAUUAUGAACCACUCCCCUGAAGCAUGGGAUCAUAUGCAGUUCAAGGAUGUUGCCGUUAAGGUGGCUAAUGUGGAAUUAUACUACAAGGCAGUGCAUUUCUACCUGCAAGAGCACCCAGAUCUCAUCAACGAUCUCCUUAAUGUUCUCGCGACUAAAGUGGACCACACUCGUGUGGUUGAUAUAAUGCGCAAGGCAGGGAACUUGCAUCUUGUGAAGCCAUACAUGGUUGCAGUUCAGAGCAACAAUGUAGCAGCUGUGAAUGAGGCUCUGAAUGAAAUCUACAUUGAAGAGGAAGAUUAUGACAGAUUGCGGGAAUCAGUUGACAUGCAUGAUAACUUUGACCAAAUAGGCCUGGCACAGAAGGUUGAGAAACAUGAACUACUCGAGAUGCGAAGGAUUGCGGCUUACAUAUACAAGAAGGCAGGUAGAUGGCGGCAAUCAGUUGCAUUAUCCAAGAAGGACAACCUCUACAGAGAUGCCAUGGAGACUUGCUCACAAUCAGGAGAUCGCGAACUGUCUGAGGAAUUACUGGUUUAUUUCGUUGAUCAGGGAAAGAAAGAGUGCUUUGCAUCUUGCUUAUUCACGUGUUAUGAUUUGAUCCGGCCCGAUAUUGCUCUUGAGCUGGCUUGGAUGAACAACAUGAUCGACUUUGCUUUCCCGUAUUUGAUGCAGUUCAUCCGUGAGUAUACGGGUAAAGUAGAUGAGCUAGUGAAGUAUAAACUUGAAGCAUUACAAGAAGUGAAGAGCAAAGAGAACGAGGAAAAGGAAUUAGUGGCUCAACAGAACAUGUAUGCGCAGCUGCUUCCGCUUGCUUUGCCGGCACCACCAAUGCCGGGCAUGGGUGGGGGAUUCCAGCCCCCACCGCCAAUGGGUAUGGGGAUGCCUCCGAUGCCAGCUUACGGCAUGCCGCCCAUGGGAGGAUAUUAAAACCAAACUUUCUUGUGUGAGGUCCUUUGAGGGAGAGCUUGAACCUGUCGAGAUAGUUUGCCAACGUGUUUGGAAAUCAUGGAAGAAGUGCGUCUUCAUAUCCAGGAGGUUAGUUCUUUCUUGCCAGCACCCUCCCUCCAUGUUGUGCGUGUGGAGUACUCUUUGAGAUGAGGGAUAUGGUUCCGUUUGACAUUUAUAUGUGAAAGGUUGAUAGGGAGAGUGUCUUGUUAGGCUCUCUACCAGUUUUCAGUAACAUAAUUGUUUGCUUGUUGCACUUCAAUACUUCUUUGUAAAAUUUUCAGAACUUCGAGGUUAGGAGUGCUUUUGUGUGAUCGUGUUUAUAGUUGUCACAAUAAUAAAAAAGUUAGAUGAUUUUAUGAAGUUAAAAAACCUUAGAUGUAGUUAAUCAGCAUUACUCUCUUCUUGUUUGGGGAUUUAGAGUUCAAGACUCUGGAUACAUUGUUCUUUUCAACUGUUGUGUUCUUUUGCAAGAUCUCUGAUUGUUGUUUGA